AUGGGUGAAAAAAAGGGAGAGGAGAAAAUUACAGUGAUAAUAAGGGAAGUGAAUGAAGAAAGAGACACAGAAAUGGUGGAAAAACUGGAGAGAAGCUGUGAAAUUGGGUCUAAAUUAGGAGGGGCCUCCAUUUUUACCGAUAUGAUGGGCGAUCCUCUUUGUAGGAUCAGAUUCUACCCACUUCAUAUUAUGCUGGUGGCUGAGCUGCCGGAAAAGGGAGACGUCGUGGGAGUGGUUAGAGGCUGCAUUAAGUCUGUGGGGACUGGCGGCGCCGCCGCCGGAGAAGCUAAUACCACCAGGAUUGGUUGCAUAUUGGGCCUUCGUGUUUCUCCUGCUCACAGGAGGUUGGGAAUUGGGCUAAAGCUAGUACACUCAGUUGAAGAAUGGGUAAUAAGAAAUGGAGCUCCCUAUGCAUUUCUAGCAAUAGAGAAGAAGAACAAAGCCUCAAAGAAUCUCUUCACUCGCAAAUGCAACUAUGUAAAAUUCAGCUCAUUGGUGAUAUUCAGACAGCCAAUUGUGUUCCCAACAAAAGACAUCUCUAAUGGGGAAAUAAAGACAGAGAAACUGAACAUAGAGCAAGCAAUUUCAUUCUACACAAACUGUCUCACAGCUAAAGGAGUUUAUCCAAUGGAUUUUGAUGUGAUUUUGAAGGAAAAACUGAGUAUUGGCACAUGGAUUUCUUAUUUCAAUCAAGAAGAUUGGACCCAAUUGAUUUGUUCAGAGAAGGAUUCAGAGAUUUACCAGAGAAUGCCAAGCUCUUGGGUGGUGUUUAGCAUAUGGAAUACCUGCAAGGCAUAUAAGUUUCAGAUAAGGGAAUCAAAAAAAGAUGAAUUAUUGUUACCUCUAAGGUUCUUGAAAAGUGCAAGAAAAAAGUUCAUUUCCUGCUUCAAAAUGCCAGAUUCUGUGUCGUUUGGGAAGUCAUUUGGAUUCUUCUUCCUGUAUGGGAUAUUUGGGGAGGGGGAGAGAGUUGGAGAGCUUGUUGAGUCGAUAUGGCUUUUCGCUUCGAGAUUGGCUGAAGAAGAGAACGACUGCAAGGCCAUUGUCACCGAACUAUCUGUUUCUGAUCCAAUCAUAAACCACGUCCCACAAAAUAAUAAAUCCAUGUCUCGCAUCAACGAUAACUGGUACCUGAAAAGAUUGAGUGUACAGAGUAGUGAUGAUGAAAGGGAUGAAAUGUUGUUGUCAAAGGAUAUGGAAGCAGCUGCAAAUGUGAUUGUUGACCCCAGAGACUUCUAGAUUUCAAUAUCUAUUCAUACCUGUUUUGCUCCUUUUUCUACAUCAAUCUUCUGUUCAAGAUGCUGACAGCAAAAUUAAUGGUAAAGACCAAGUUUAAAUAGUUCGUAAAACAAGAUGAUUAUAACUCAUUAAAAAUUGCAAGGUUGAGAAUUGAAACUAAACAAUAAUUAAAAGCUCCUGAAAUGGAUUUGAUACACUGGCACAAAAUUGUUUGAACUUUCUGUGAUCGUACUUUUGAAGAAAUUCUUACCAGAUAGUUCAUUAAAAUUGGCUUGUAUCCUUCACAAUCUGGCAAUUAUCCUGAAGAUGUGAGAUCUCACCUCGGUUGAAGGGGAACAAAGCAUUCCUUAUAAGGGUGUGGGAACCUCUCCCUAUCAA